ACCGAGUUCAGAAUCUGCGGUGCUCCGACACUGACACAUGUCAACGCCUCCACGUGCCGCGUAAGCCUCACCGCCCGAGGACGAGGAUGUUGUGUGCAACGUUGGACUUCGCCGUCCCGAAAUCCACGUCACCAUGUCAAGGCUUCUUGCUUGUGGAAAUGUUAGAAGGCUUACACGUUCUGUUCACAAGAGGGGCUGCUUGGAAGUAUUGUAUCCAGUGGAGUCCCCUUACUCAAGAUUCAAACUUUUCUCAUUAUGUAGAUGUUCACACAAAGGACAAACUCCAUCCAUGCUACUUAAAUCAAAGUUUAACUUUUUUAUGAGUAGCAGGUUGAGGAACUUGCAUUUCCUCCCUGCAAAUAAUGCAAAAUUUCAGCAUGGCCUAGUUGUUUGGAACAGGAUGUGUAUCCAUAAAGGGCCAGCUCUACCGCCAAUUGGUCAAAUUGCCCGUGCAGUAAGUUUGGCCAUGAUCAAAUCAAAUUUUGUUGUUCAUGGUGUGAUUGCUUUCAUAAUAAGAGAACUUGCUUGGACACAAGGAAAGGUGGCAGAAGCAGAAUCUUUCCCAAUAAGGGAUUCACUGUAUGUGCAUUCACAAGAUGGACCUGUAUAUUUAACCUCAGCUCUAUUAGCAACCUUUGAGAUUUUUAUAUUGUCUCUCAGGGCUAUCUAUUUGGUGAUUUUGUUCUCUCCUUGCAUAGUUAUGGCUCCUUUUGUUGACUUUUUUGGCACUCAAUUUAGAAAAACAUGGAUUCAUGUUGUCCGCGUUACGCUUGAAAAAGCUGGCCCGGCAUUCAUUAAAUGGGGUCAAUGGGCUGCAACUCGACCAGAUCUCUUUCCUAGGGAUCUCUGUGGUGAACUUGCAGAAUUUCACACCAAAGCACCAUCACAUAAAUUUAGUUAUACCAGAAAAUGUAUUGAAAAUGCAUUUGGUCGCAAAUUGUAUGAAAUAUUUGAAAAUUUUGAGGAAGAACCAGUAGCUUCAGGUAGCAUUGCUCAAGUGCAUCGAGCUACAAUAAAAUACAAAUUCCCUGGUCAGCGAAUCAAGCCUGUUGUUGUAGCGGUGAAGGUCCGACAUCCAGGGGUUUCUGAAGCAAUUAGAAGGGAUUUCAUCAUUAUCAAUCUUGUUGCCAAGAUUUCAUCUCUAUUCCCUAAUUUGAAGUGGUUGAGAUUAGAUGAAAGCAUACAGCAAUUUGCUGUCUUUAUGAUGUCUCAAGUUGAUCUUUCAAGGGAGGCAGCACAUCUUUGUCGCUUUAUCUAUAAUUUCCGGAGAUGGAAAGAUGUUUCAUUCCCAGUGCCUUUGUAUCCCCUUGUGCACCCUUCUGUUUUGGUAGAAACCUUUGAACAAGGCGAAAGUGUUUUGCACUAUGUUGAUCGGCAUGACGGAUAUGAGGAUUUCAAAAGUGCUCUAGCUCAUAUUGGAACACAUGCUCUUUUAAAGAUGCUUCUGGUGGAUAAUUUUCUCCAUGCAGACAUGCAUCCUGGAAAUAUUCUUGUCCGUGUAGCGAACAGGAAAUCAUCACCCAUAUGGCUCUUGAAGUCAAGGCCUCAUGUCAUUUUCCUUGAUGUAGGUAUGACUACUGAACUUUCCAAGAGGGAACGAGAAGGUUUACUAGAAUUCUUAAAGGCUGUUGCACUUCAAGAUGGCUGCACUGCUGCAGAGUGCACACUUAGAUUAUCGAAACAACAGAAUUGCCCAGACCCAAAAUCUUUUAUUGAGGAAGUGGACAAAUCAUUUAAAUUUUGGAGGUCCCCAGAAGGUGAAUCUGUCCACACAGCUGACCGUAUGCAACAACUGCUUGAGCAUGUUAGACGCUCUAAAGUCAAUAUCGAUGGCAAUGUUUGUGCUGUGAUAGUGACCAUGCUGGUUCUGGAGACACUGCUAUUUAAAGCUGACUGGACAGAAACUCUGUCUUAUGCCAUUGAUGGAUUGGUGGCCCCGUAAAAGGUGGCCAUUUUGUUUGCACAAAAUUUUGAGAAUGGUGGUGCAGAAGUAUGGAUGGUAAAUUUCUUAGCUGCAACAGUUAAUGCACAAAUUUUCAAUGCCUUUUUCUCUUCUAUUCCUAUUGAGUUUCGAAAAUCACGCUGCGAGCACGGCAUUCUAAAAACUGAUAACAUUCACCAAAACUGAUUGAUCAUAUGACAAUUGGGCGCGACCAAUACGCUUGCUAUUGUUUGAAACUGCAUAACAUUCACCAAAACUGAUCGCUCGUUGCUGUACUGUUUGAAUUCCUAAAACUGAUCAUUCGUUACUCUAUUGUUAUCUGAAUUCCUAAGAACAUGCAACCAAUUUCUAGAAGAUGAAUGAUAAAUAACGUUCCAAAACGCUUCAUUAAUGCUGACAAGCAAGAAAAGAAGAUCCAGCCAAUUAUAGGAUUGUUCACCAUGCUAAUAAGACAAGGGUAGCAAUUAUCACGUCAGCAGAAGUAGGUGGCUUGUUAGUGCCAUUCUAAAACGUCCUGCGCCUCUUCAUGAUUGAAAUGUUCACCUUGUUCAACGCCUGACACACUAUAUUUAAUCAAGCCUCUCGAAGAAAUAAAGAUAGCCCAUUUCCUUCGGAGGAUUAAUGGAAGCCCCAACCUUGUUGUCGUUGAAAAUAACCCAUCUACCAUCUUUUAAAACGUGAGCAACAUAGUGACCACACUGCGUAGAGCUUCCACUGUGGCUUACAAUACCAAGAAGGCGAUAUCCUGGAAUGCCAAAGAAAAUAAGAUUGUUACAUUGUUAACAAACAAUAAGAUGCAACAAUUUUCACAGCCCACAACCCAACCCAACCCAACAAGAAUUGGAAUAAGCCCUAGGAAGAAAAUGUAAUCACUUAGCAGCAAAAUGGAAAAAUGCGACACGAAAUUUUCAGGUGUGGUGAAAGGGGAAGUAAAAUUAAACGAUCACGAUUCACAACAAUACAACCUUUUCCGUUUUUUUUUUUUUUUUUUUUUUUUUCCAAUUCAGAGUAAGUAUCAAUAAAACCAACAGCAAGGUACGUCAGAGAAAGUAUAAGCAACUUACUCCCGCCACCAUCAGGUAGGUCAACAUCACUGGGAGGGGAAGCAGCGUUUGACGUGGCACCAUCCAUACUGGAGACUGAUGCAUCAAGAUUGUUAAAUAUCCAAUCUGUUGCUUUCUCAAUGUCACCACCCUACAUAACGGUGACUUCCGUCAAUAAAGUCAAACAUUCCGCCACAAUUUAUCAAAUACCUAAAUCCUACAGUUACAAGGGAGGGGAAAAUAUAACAAAAUUACCGAUGCCUUCAGUGCCUUUCUAGCAAUUUCUUCUUCAAAUCCAAACGACAUUAGGGUGUCAACUUUCGAUUGUUCAACAAUAGUUGAAGUUUCAGAGCCAUUGCCUUUGGAAAUAGGAAUGUCAAUAUCUAUGUAAAAGU